GCCGCCUAUGAAGCGGCCGCAACAACUACCCCGCCAAAGUCCGGUCCGGACACCGCCGUUCCUGCCACCACCGCAACUACCGCCACUGCUGCCCCCAUACCUCCUGUAGGUUCCAUGGCCUCCAAAUGGACGGCCGUCACCAAAAAGUACCGCCCCAACCGCACCAACGACCCUGUUCGCAUUGCACGCAAACGUGCAGCUAAUGUCCGCCCUUUCCAGGAACAAACAGGACCCAAUGGAUUUGGGUACCUUUAUAUUCCCCGUUCCCGCCGCAUGGAUCGUUCCGAAGUCCGUCGUCGUCUCCGCAAAAUGGAUGUCGAUACAUCCCGCAUCCUUGAUAUCACGUUCCCUGCCCGCAAUGUGGUCGGCUUAUUGAUCCACGCCCAAUACCACCCCCUACUGACCGAAACGAUGACCAAUGCCAGUGUCAAGGUCCUGACGGACUUUGAUCCACUUGACCCCAAGCACCUGGCAGAUCCCAAACUGGAAACAGUUUCUAUGGCCGAACGCCAUGCUGUAGCGAUCGAAAACCACCGCCGACGAUGCACCCAAUGCCUCAAAUUUUUGCGUCCCGCCGUUAUGCCCUCUGUUGCCCGUGGGUUCCUCGAAGAAGGAUGGAUCUUUGACGAGGAUAUCCCUACCGUCCCUGCCAAACACCUGGAUCGUGAUGCUCCCGACCACUCAUUUCAAUCGGAAGAUGAUCCUAUGCCUGGUGUCUUCUCAACACAUCAUCAAUGAGUGAGUCCUUUACCCUAGGACUAUGGAAUGCCAAUGGCCUUCAAACGACGUAUAUACAUGAUGUUCUCUCCCACUGCCGUUCCUUCACAGCUCUCUUUAUCACCGAAACUUGGAUGCUCCCCCCUUCCCGAUUACCCACCGAAUGGCUCCAAUUCCACACCUAUGGCGUCCCUGUUGAAGGCCACUACCGUGGCUCUCAGGGCAUCACUGCACUCAUUUCCCCUCACUGUCCUUAUCCUGUCUCCCAAGUCUCACUAUCCUCACCCUAUGCUCUCGGUAUUCUCC